UGGUUGGUGGUUGUACUACUCGAGCUAGAUGUCAUCGCUACCACGAUGAUGGUGGGUCCUACGCAAAGGCCUCCUCCUCCUGCUCGUUGCGAUGGUGGUGGUGGUGGUGGUGGCUAUAGCAAUGCGUGGCGAUGGCGGUACCAGCAGCAAGGGUCUGUGCCGGGGGUCUUGGGAGGAUUGCCGUUGAUGUAAUGCUGAUGCUUGGGAGGGUGGGAGAGACAGAGAAGCGGAGCAGCAAGAGGAUUGCAGCAACGCGUGGUUGUUCUUGUGUGUCAAAGACGAGGACGAAGACGAUCGGGACCAGGCCCAUCGCAGAUUCGGGGAGUUGCUUUUGGCGUUUGUUCUAUCCGCCCUCUUGACUCGGGCCUGUGGGUGCCGUCACCACAUUGAUCUUGAUCUUCCUGGCUGUAAUCGUUGUCUGCAUUGUAAGCCUCCUUCGAGGUCAUCGCGGUCACCGUCGGGCUUGUUAUUGUCUGCUCUCGGCCGCACAGCCCCCACAUCACUUCCGGUUUUCUAUCUGCGACCACCGGAGCUUGUGGAAGUUCUCCUGUCCCCGCCUGGGUGGAUGUUUUUAGCUGGGUCGGUUGCGCAAGCCUUCCAUAAAACGGGGCGUAGGCUUUUAUAGCUUUUAUGGUCCACAGGAUCAUCGAGAUCGGCCGCGACCCGCCUCUGGUCAACGCGGAAAUGUGCCAAGACAAGAUAGCGAUGGGGCUUUUGAUCUUCUGGAGCGGCAUCAACUACAACGUCUGGUGCGGACUUCAACACACAAACAUCAACAAGACUAUCGAGCAGCAACGUCAGCUACAGCAGCAAGUUGCGAAGGUGCAGGAUGGCGCGAUGCGGAUAAAUCCCUCCACAGGCGGUUUCGGGGCUACCACCGGUUCCGCCGGCGGCCGCUCCAUACCUACUCCUACUACUAGUCCUCCUCCAACGGCCGGCAGCGCCCCAGCUGGCGCCCUCUUAGUCAAGUCGGUCAUGAAGAAGAGCGGUUUCGCUCCGCUACGACCGCAAAUGGCAGAGCAGCAAAAGCAGCAGCUGCUGGCAAAUCAGCUAGAGGUGUUGGUUUCUGCGGCGAAGGCUGGUGCGGCGGCAUAUCGGUCGCUCCGGAGACUUGGCGGCACCACCACACGAGGCGGCGCUGGGCAGCUGGACAGCAUGCGGCGUGAAGAAGACUAUGGCCGUUACGCACGCGAUGAGAAGCGGCGUCGCUAA